AUGGCCGACACAACAGAAGCAGACGCUGCAUCAGCGGUCAUCGCAAAAGCCGCACAACCCUCCGAAGACACACCUUCAGACUCAAAACCCGCAUCCACAGAAGCCACCACCUCCGCACCCACAGACGCAAAAGCCGCCCUCGCCGCGCGCAUGGCGCGUUUCAAAACCCUCCAAGCCGCUAAAGAAUCCGGCCGCAAAGCGACAGAGCGCGAAGUGCGCGACGCCGAAGACCGUUCGGAGCGGCUAGCCAAACUCUCCAAGCUAGCCGACGCGCACACCAAAGCAUCCUACAAGCUUUUGAAAACCGACGACCCAGAUUUCGAGCGCAAGCGCAACUGGGACUACACUGCCGAAGAGAGCGAGAGCUGGGAUAGGCGGCUGGCGAAGAAGGCGCGUGCGAAGGACAACAAUGCGUUUGCGGAUUAUCGCGGCGAGGCGAAUAAGGUGUAUAAGCGCCAAAUCGGGCAGAUGAGCAAGGUUGAUUUGGCGGCGUAUGCGGAGGAGAAGGCGACGAAGCUGCAGAGGCAGGUCCAGGCAGGUUUGCUGCAGCUUGUGGAGACGGAUGCGGGGGAGAUCUACACCGUGGAUCCGCAGGGGAGGGUUAACACGGCUGUUGAGGAGGAGUACAGUCACGACCACAAGCCUAGCAAGGAAGCAAUCGAUCGCCUCGUGGGCGAUAUUGAAAAGGGCGAGAAGGCGAGGUUGGAGGCGAGAAGGAAGAGGGGAAUCAGGGACGAGCAGGAUACGGGCGAUAUUACCUACAUCAACCAGAAGAACAAGCAGUUCAACGACAAGCUGGGGCGGUUCUACAAUAGGUAUACGACAGAGAUCAGGGAGAACUUUGAGCGAGGAACGGCGAUAUAG